CAAUUUUUCUUCGUCCAAUUUUUUACAAGAAUUUUUCUUUUUGCAAACAAACAAAAUGGAAAUUAACAAAUCUAAUCUUGGCGAUCUUUUGAUCGAAGGUAAAACAAAACAAGUUUAUUCAUUUAAAUCAACAACGGAUGAAAAACAUCAUAAUCAUGUUUAUGUAUUGAGCAAGGAUCGUAUAACUGCAGGCGAUGGUGUUAAAUCACAUCAAUUAAUUGGUAAAUCAAUACUUUCUACACAAACAAAUUGUGCUAUAUUUGAAUAUUUAAAUGCUAUUGGUAUACGAACACAUUUUGUCGGAAGAGUUUCAGAAUCAAAUCCCGAUUCAAAACGUUCAUUCGUUGCUAAACGUUGUUCAAUGAUACCGAUUGAAUGGGUUUGUCGUCGUAUUGCAACUGGUUCAUUUUUAAAACGUCAUCCACAUGUACCAGAAGGUUAUCGUUUUGCACCAUUAAAAUUGGAAACAUUUUUCAAAGAUGAUGCUAAUCAUGAUCCAUUUUGGUCGGAAGAAACUCUUAUUGGUGCUAAAUUAAAUAUUGGUGGUAUGAUUAUUACUGCUGAACAUGUACAAGAAAUGUAUCGUAUUACUAAAUUAGUUUUUGAAGUUCUUGAACGUGCCUGGCAAACAGUAAAUCAUUCAUUGAUUGAUAUGAAAAUUGAAUUCGGUGUUUAUGAAGAAAAUGGUAUCAAACAAAUAAUUGUUGCCGAUGUUAUUGAUAAUGAUUCAUGGCGUUUAUGGCCAAAUGGUGAAAAACGUUUAAUGUUAGAUAAACAAGUUUAUCGUAAUAUGGAUAAUUCGAAAAUUGAUGAUGAGGCAUUGAAUUUGGUAAAGGCAAAUUUUGAAAUAGUAGCUGAACGUACACAAAAAUUAUUCAAUUCAUUGAUACCAGUCAGACCUGAUAUGUCAAAAAUUGAAGGUGUUAUUGCACCAACAGUUGCUAUUGUUGUUGGUUCACCAUCCGAUAAAGAAUAUGCAUUAAAAAUUAAAGAUACCCUUAUUAAUCGUUAUAAAAUCUAUGUUGUUGAUAUUCAUGUAUCAUCAGCACAUAAAUCAACCGAGAAAACAUUAGAAUUAGCUGCACAAAUUCAACAAUGGCCAUCAUGUAAAAUUGUUGUUGCUGUUGCCGGUAUGAGUAAUGGUCUUGGACCAGUAUUGGCCGGUAAUCUUUCAAUACCGGUAAUUAGUACACCACCAACAACCGAUGUAUCAAUAUUACAAACAGAUAUUUGGUCAUCAUUACGUAUACCAUCCGGUAUGAGUACUGCAACAGUAAUUGGUGCUGAUAAUGUUGCUAUAAUGUGUGCACAAAUUAUCGGUACAAGUAAUGCAUUUGUUUGGUCUACGAUUCGUACAUAUCAAACAUAUCAAAUUGUUCGAUUGAUUCAUUCAAGAAUCUAAAUUUUUCAGGAAAAAAAUCGAUUGAAAUUCUUUCCAAACUUUUGUCUUCCCCCAUCCAAAUGACUGAUAAAUAAAACCAAAACCAAAACCAAAAAA